UGUGAUCUAGGAACCAUCUUAGCCAUAUCCAUCGGCACAGCGUUGUAACCUUCGAAGACCACUUGGUUCCGAAGAACACGCUUCAAGGUCAUGAAUAUGUUUCGGGCCCGGCUGUGGAUACACGAUGCGUUCAACACAAACGCUUGGGGUCGUCCCCGACUACCCAGGCCAUUUGCUAGAGCAGCGUUGCCAUCUCUCUUGACUUUCCUGAGUGUCGACGAGUGUGUCAGCGGCGCGUUCUCCUUCGGAAACGUAUACAUAGGCUCCAACGUUUAUGCCUGUCCAGGAGUCAAACCCAGACUGAAUGACCAUCCAGUGUCCAGGCUGUCGAGCUGGGAACGCUUGGAUAACACUGGUCUUGGCAAGACGACCCAGUUGGGAACUUGGGGUCACAUAUCAUUCACUGAUAAGAAGGACAUCCCGCUCCCUACUAUCUGGGCAUGCGAAUUGCAUCAAAUGUCUCGCGCCAUUUUCUUGGCCCGUGAGAGCCAUGGACGAAUCGAACCCGCCAUUGCCGCCGAAAUCGGUCUACGACAAGAUGAGACCCAGAUUGCUAAGCGAAGCGUGCGUGGAAAGUUACUCUGACUUGGCUCGAAGGUGCGGCGGCAGGCUAUCUGCUCGGUUAUGCGGAAGAAAGACUGGUGUGGAUGCGAGCAGCAGAGAUAAGGCUCUGGCGGGUCGAGUGAGCCCUUUCGAACGCCUCCCGCAGA